UAAGACUGAGACACACCGACAGUCUCUGAGAGUCUCAGUGAAGAUGCGGCACCUCCUCCUCCUUCUCAUCCUCCUGUCCUGUGUUUCCAUGGGCGUAGCAGUGGCCGGUUGCCGCAGUGACCGGGACAGGGACCACUGGCCCAGGGAGAACUGCACAGCAGCCGGCUUCAGCGCCGUCCCAGUGGGGCUUGAACGUACGACAAUGGUCCUGUUGUUUCCCAGUAACCUGUUCUCCAGUCUGUCCUGGUCCUCCUUCCAGGUCUUCCCAGAGAUCUAUGAGAUCGACCUCACAGGAAACAAGGUUCCAGAGGUAACCCCGACUGCUAGUCCCAUUCUCCCCACACUUAGUGUCCUCAGGCUGGGGUCAAACCGUCUGACCUCCCUCCCUGACGGCUCCUUCUCUGCCUGCCCAGGUCUGACUGGACUCUACCUGGAAAACAACGCUAUCAACUCUCUGAGUGAUCACACCUUUUCUGGACUCACUAAGCUGAAGACCCUGGACCUGUCAUCUAAUCACAUCAAGGUGCUUCCUCAAAGUAUGCUUCACCCCCUCCCAACCAUAGAAACUCUCUACCUGGAGAAUAACAAGAUCAGCGUGAUGCCCGAUGAAUGGUUCAGCCAAAAGGAGGAGGUACCUUAUCUCUACCUCUCAGCCAAUCCCUGGUCAUGCACCUGCUCCCUUGGUUAUUUGCGCAGGUACCUUGAUGACUAUGAAUUCAACGUCUAUGUGCGGGAUGGUCCCGAAAUCAAGCCGGGUGUAGAAAGAGUGGUGUGUGACUCUCCCCAGCAGCACAAAGGUACACCUGUAACAAGUCUGGAAAAAUCCGAUCUGUGUUCAGCAUCUCGUGAACGAGGAGAUUUCUACCAGCCAAAUACUCUGUACUCUUUUCAUCCAUCAACCUCUCCUCCAGACCCUGCUCCUUCUACUUCUUCUCCUCUCGAUUCCACAACAUUUGUAGAUUUAUACACAAUGCAAGCAGCAAUCACAAGUUCCUGGUAUGAAGUCAUCACCAGCUUUAUUGAAUGGUCAGAGUAUCCACACAAAGAGAUAACAACAGAAACAUCAGUUGGGUUUCAUGACUUGACCACUCAUUCUACUACAUCUACUGCCAGACAUUUGACUAAAACUCAAACAACACCUGUUGAAACAACCACAACUGUUGCUGUAACUACAACACUUCCAACAACAACAGUGAAACUAGUCACAACCACCACCACUGAGGCUACCACAGCCUCUGAGGCACUCACCACCACUAAAUCCAGCCCCGAUGAAAAACAGGAACGUGAAAAACCUAUUUCUUCCAGGUCUGCAGGGGUGUUCUGCAUUUGGCUGUUUGUGGGCUGCCUGGUGCUCUGUGUGGCAUCAGCUGCAUGUAUAUUGGCAACUCUAGCUAGUAUGGUCAUCUGGUACAGGAGAGUGUAUAAGCCUCUAUGUUUGCGGUUAGCGAGGAGAAGAGGAGGAAGUGAAGGACUGAUGCUGUUAACAUACAACAGGGUGGAAGGGAAGGGAGUGGGAGGCGAAGGAGUAAUGGCGCUUUAUCGCUCUGUUCUUUUGGUCCACAGAGAGGCAGGAGAAGGUAUGCAAAGCGAAGAUGUAGGUGAAGGAGGGGAAGGAGACAGGAAACAAGGGCAGCUUGUCAUUCUAAAACCCGCAGGUGGAGGAGCAACAAGGGAGGAAGAAGGAGAAAGAGAUGGGAAGGAGGAGCGAGCAGUAUAUAAGAAGACUUUGUACCGUCUGUUAAGCAAAGAGGAGGAGAUAGAGGGAUGGAGGGAUGUGGUGGAGGAGUGCAGAGUGUCUGAAGAAGAUGGAGGUCAAAAAGGAUAUCGGGGGAUAGAAAGAGAGAGGAGCAGAGGUGGAGAAGGAGUGUCCAAAAAGCGCUACAGUGUGAUUCUGAGGGAGGAGAGACAGGAUGUGGGGGGCGGUAAAGAAGAGUUGGACUGGGUGGUGGGAGGGUGGGAAGUGAAACGAGGAGGGGCGGAGACAGAAGAAGAGCCAAGGAGCAGCUGGGGGGAGUGGCUGGCACACUAUUUACCCAGCAUGCCGUGGGGAGUUACCACACCUCCUGAGGCCGAGGCAGCCCUCUGAUGUCAUCAGUGGAAAAGAACCUUUAGUGUUUUGAAAAACUUGUAUGCUAAAUCAACUGAUACUUGAAAUAUUCAAGUUUUUAUUCACUUUCAGUCCCCUUCUGCACUCCUGUAGCUCAGUCCAAUUCUUACGUUCAUUUUUCAGGUCUUCAGUGUGCAUUUUUAUGCUGAUGACACCAUCUUUUUCUGCCAUCUGACUAAAAAUACUCAAAGAAGGCUUCACUAAAUAUGACAUGUUUGGAUUACCUGCAGACCCCGCUGUUAAUUAAAACCACCAACAAAUUGCGCUGAGUUUCCUAAUCCAGUCAAACUUAAUAAAUACUUCUUAUUUGACUAGCAAGCAAAAAGACCUACAGAUCUCAUGCUAAACAUUAACCUCGCCUUGCUUAAAAAGAACAGCUUGAUUCAUCUUUAACUCAUUAUCAUUAUUAUACAAUUCACUGUACUGUUGCCAAAAUGAGAAAUUAAUUAGAGAUGUCAAAGAUACAAAGAAAAGGGUCAAACGAGGUUCAAAAGUGAAAGCUCAGUAGAUGAAAAGCACUUUGACGUUAUUUGAAUGUCAUUUUAAUGAAUAUGUAUUUGUACAACUGCAACUUUAGCCAUAACAUACAUACAGUACAGUAAUAUACUGUUGAACAAAUCACCAUACCAUUUAUCAUCAUGGUAAAAUUGUUAGAGACUAUAACCUCCAGGCCAAUAAAGAUAAGCUCACCAUGUGCCACAAGAUGGGAUAAAAGUCCUUUAACAUGUGAACAUUGCAUCGCCGUCUGACCACAAGAACUAUCAAAUAUUGAUGUAAUCUACUGAAAAGAAUGAAAAUAAUUCAUAAAUGAAAAUACAUAAAAAUGUUUAUUAAUGCUAUGCAAUUAUUAUGUAUACACGACUUCAGAAUUGUUUAUUUGUCUUAAAAUUAUGUAAUAAAGACAUCAUGUUGUGGUUUAAAA